AUGUCCUGCGAAGCCGCAACAGUAUAUGCAUUAUUACUACGCAAUUAUCGAGUAUCAAGGAAUACUCGUGCUAUAUGGCAAUUUCAACAAAUUGCUUCAACCGGUGUUAUUAAAGUACCGUCUUUAGAUGAAAUCCGUAAAUCGUCCGAUGAAAUUGUCCUUUUAUCAGUAUUAGAUAAAAAUGGAAAUCAAAUCAAAAAUGCGAUUUGUACACCUUCAACACGAUUUUCUUACUUCACAAUGCGUUAUAAAUUUUCAUUCAUACUUGACAUGACCGACUCGUGUGCAUCGGUAUCUGUCGACGGUUGCCAUGUUUAUUUAGAAGCUCUAACAAAUUGUUUAUGCAUAUUAUUAUGUUCAUUAGCACAAACGUUCGCCUUGUCUGGUUGUGAUUUAAAAUUUAAUCCAGAAAUUUAUGUUUCAGUUUAUGUUUAUUUUCCAUUGAAUUGUGCACGUCAACAUCAAAUAUUAAUUCAUGGUUAUAAAUUGAGCUGGAUAAAUGAAUCGUCAAGUGCCAUUAUCAAUAUGUUGUCGUACGGCAUAACAACAUUGCAAUUAAUGCCUGAAGAAGCAACAGCCGGUUUAAUCAUAAUUACUGAUGGUAUUUUAGAUGUGCCAGCGAAUCUACAGUCAUUUGAAUCUGUGAUGAGACAAAUUCGUACGCGAAUAAUCAGUUGUUCAUUUAUACAAAUUGGUUCAAAUAUGGCACAAAAGAGUGGAUGUAAUGGUUGUUUUGGUCUUGGAAAUAUUCCCAAUGAAGAAUUACUAAAAUUUAUAGCCAUGUCUACAUUUGGUUCAUAUAUUAGUUUUGAUGUUGAUCAUAUCAACUGUGGACCACAUCUUUUGAAAAAAUUAUUUAGUAAUAAAAGUGGGGAUGGUUAUACUAUUAAUACAUGCGAACAAUUAAAUGAAUUUCAAUAUGAAUUAUUGUCAUGGGGAUUUCAUAAAGCAGUUGGUGAACAAUUUAACAAAAAAUCAUUAUUAAAACGAGAUUCUCUACCAACAAUUAAGGAUGGUCAAGAUGAACAUUUUAAGAAAAAUAUGCCAACACAAACUUUGAGUAAACUAUAUCCAACAUUACCAAUAUCAAGAAAAAAUGUUUGUCAAACGGUUUUACAGACAUCAUUAGAAAAUGUUUUGUGUUUACGAUUAAGGGAAGGUUAUACUGUGAAACGAGUGUGCAUUCAACGAGACGAAAUUGAAGUACAUCUCGUUUUACCUUGGCUGUAUGAUAUUCAAAUAUAUUAUACAGCAAGAUCAGCAUGGCCAUUAUAUAACAGUGUCCGAACAGAUAUUCGUGUCUACAAAGAAGCACCAGCCUAUUUUCUUUAUGAGUUACAUCAUUCAACAGCGUCUUGCAAAGGAAGUGUAGUCAAAGGAAACCUUGCACGCCGUUACAACGAUGUUGUACAAAGUGUAUCUAUUAUGGAUCGUCAUUUAACACUUAUAAAUACAUUUGCUAGUAAUCCAGCUUAUUAUAAUGUUCCGGAGACAAUUAAGCGUGGAACUGCUAUUUUUAUGUUAUCACGUAGUAGUGAAUUGCAACAAACACAACCGACAAAAGAUAACAAUUUACAGUUAUUUGCUGAAUUUUGGCGUCCAAUUGUUGUAUUAGAUGGAUCUUUAUGGCAACGUUUCAUGUAUACCCAUAAUUUAUGUUUGAUUUUAAUGCAUGAUCCGUUACCCACAUCAUUCGUACCAUUGAAUAACAAUAAUCAUUUACAAAAUACUCAACAUCCAACUGUAUCAUGUCGAAUAGCUAAAACUGAUUUUGAACAAUUUCUUGCCGAUUAUUUUUCAUUUGUGCUAUUGGAAGGACAAGCAUACAUCAAAUUUUUAUAUAAGAGAGAAAACGAUGAAAUUCCACACAGUUUUAUGUUAUUAAGAAUUAUUGGUCAACCACCAUUACUAUAUUUGAAAUUUGCAUUCCAAGCUGGGUGUGCCACACUUCAAAGACAUAAAAUCAUUGCUGAAUUUCGUGAACGUCUAUCCACAUUACGACAAAAAACACGAUUAAAAUCUGCCACUGAACAACGUAAACAACAAUUAUCUAAUGGUUCACUCACACUAGAUCGUCCAUCAUCCACAAACAGUCAUUACACUUCACAAAAAAUGUCCACUAUGUCAUCAUAUUUGAGACGCGAUGCAAUUGAUUCAUCAUGCUGUUUUAUUAUUAAUAAAAAUAUCGAACGUUUAUUAAUAAGGCCCGAUUCAUUUCCAUAUCAUUUAUGUAGUAUACAAACAUCUGAUGAACAUUCAACAUCUCGUCUUGAAUUUGAUCCAAAACGACAAGCUCUAUCAAGAUUUUUUUAUUGGAAAACAUGGAUUCGUUCAUUUGAAACAGCCAGACAUCAUGCAAAUAUUCCAAAAAUGGCUGCAGAUAUUGUUUUAGAUACAUUUAUAAGACGUCGAUUACAUGAAGGUUUUCAUUUUGCGGCGUCUCAUAAUGAUAUACACAAUCUCGUAUUAGAAGUUAAAAUGAAUACAAACAGUGAAGAAUCGUUUGGUACAUUUUCUGAUAAUGACGGACUGAAAUCAUAUAUGGACGACAAAAUACAAACAUGUUUAAUUCAAUAUAUUAUUUAUCCAAUUCAAUGUGGAAGACCAAUAGAACGAAAAGUAUCUGGUGGAACUGACCGACGAGGAUCAUCUAAUAUUGAACCUCCAAUGUUUUAUUAUAUUGUUACACAAUGUUGGAUUGAACCACAGCAUGGUGUCAUCGAAACUAACGCUUCAGAAUUAAAAUUUCUUAACAACUGUACAUACAAAGAAAUUGUGAACAAGAUUCUGUUUCAAUCAAUGGACAUAGACCCUCGUUCAACAAAAACAGUAACAUUGUUUCUGUUGUUGUCAGAUUUAGAUUCAGAUUUGUUUAUUUAG